GAACAUCGACGGUGGUUGGUGGUUGGCACUGUUCUCAACAGAGUUCUUAUGCCGUAUCUCAGAAACAAGAUUCAACAGGAAAUGACGCCAUUUUACCAGAAUCUGUUAGCAACUUAUGGAUUAGACAAGCAAACCUAUUCGACUCACGUGAAGACCUUUCCACUGACCACCCUGAAGCUGAACUACGAAAGUAUUAACAAUAACGCAGCCCCGGGUCGAGGCAGACAUCGCUUUGACUAUUGUGUAAAGGAUGAAGUGUCAUUGGCUAAGUUGUUCAUGAAACCUUUCAUGGCACAUUUCAAUGCAUUUGAUUCCUCUUUUGAUGCCUCAGCGGCUUUGGCUGUUCUCUGCUAUGCUCCACCAUUCAGCUCUGCAGCGCCGUCAGCUGAACUUGUGAGAUCUGAAGUACGAAAUGAGUGGGCCCAUUGCGACUAUGCGUCAUGGACGGAAGUGAAAUACGAUACAUGUUUUGAUCGAAUGGAGACCUUGGUUGAAGACAUGGGAUUUGCCCUAGCAGAAAAAACAGAGCUCCUGGCUGAGCUGCAUUUGUGGAGGAAGCAUGGGAUAGAAUUCUGCGUUGGUAGGCCACUUAAUGACACAUUCCUUAGUGUCAUACGCGAUGAAGUUGUAGCGCUCUCUGGAACACUGACCGGUCGGCUGGAAGAAACAAACGACAACAUGAAUCAAAUACGUGAAAUGUUCGAGGCAAUAUUACAUGAAUUAAACAAAUGCAAACACGAACAACAACCAACAAGACAAGACUUGGAAAAAACUUCUAGCAAAACUUUGGAAGUCAAAACGCCGGCAAUGCAGAACAUUUGGGAAACACUGCUUUCUAGGAAAGUCAAUGUUUCCACGGCCCAUUAUAGAUCUGUAGUAUUUGACGCGCCAGAUCAAAUCAAGUGGUUUACAGGAAGACAAAAAGAGUUAGAAUCGCUUGAAAGGUGCCUCCCUUUUGAAAACAGCCAUCACGAAUUUAGAAUGGCGGCUAUUUGUGGUCUUGGUGGAUGUGGAAAAACGACCUUAGCAGCUCAAUUCGCUUGGAAGCAUAAACCACAAUACGAGGGAAGCGUAUUUUGGUUCUCCAUGGAAGAUGAAGAGAAGUUUGAAAGUUGUGUGAAUGACCUCGCGAUACGUUUAGGACUGAUGAAAAACUCAUCAGAUUUAACAUUGAAACACAUUCUAACAUUUAUAUCGCAGCAAGAAAAGCGGUGGCUAAUGGUUCUUGACAACGUCGACCAGCCACUGCUUUCUGUAAAAAUGCGUAUCGUUUUGAAAGGAAAAUGGAAAAGGGAGACAAAUGGUCACAUAUUGAUAACAACAAGGCGUGAAAAGAAAGAAAUUUGUCAGUGUGUGGAUCUUGAGCCAAAUUGUUGUGUAGAAAUCACCCCUUUCUCUAUCGAAGAAGCAAAAGAGUUUCUUUUGAGUCGUUGCAGCGGUGAAAAUGCUUCAGACCAGGAGGAUACGCUAAAUGAGCUGGUUGAUCUGCUUGGUUGUCUUCCUCUUGCCUUGGAGCAGGCUGGUGCACAUAUUAGAUCUCUUGAGUGCCCUGUAAAAAAAUAUCUGGAGCAAUUCAGACUCGAAAGGUUAAAGCUGGUACGCGAGCAUGAGGCAAAUUCCUCGAGCGAGUAUGACUCAACGAAUCGUCUUUCAGUCCACACUACAUGGUUACUGAACUUUGACCACGUGAGGAGCUCAAGAUAUGGAGAAAUUGCAACCAGAUUCGUACAGGCGGCAGCUUUCCUUGAUCCAGAUGAAAUACAGGAACGACUUAUUAAUACAGAGAUUCUUUUCUCUGACAUUGUUGCUGAAAACAAAACAGAACUCCCCCUCACGAAUAACCAUAUAGUAGAAGUCUUAACCAAGUUUUCACUUUUUCAGAGGAAGUCUGUUGGAUGCAUGAGAGUGCAUCGCCUAGUGCAGUAUGUUAUUCGUGGUACAAUGACACCACAAGAAGUUGAAAAAGCAAUGUACAGAACAUUUCAGUUGCUAAAGAAGGCCGCUCAAUCAGCUGGUGAAUCAGCAACAAAUAACUCUCUCUUCUCCAUUAUUCGUAACUGGUUGGCAUUGAAGCGACAUAUUGAGGAACAAGUCAGAGCUACACCGGAUGACUUAUCGGCUAAGAAAUUAGCGACAUUGAUGAACAGCGGUAAUACAGAAAUUGUGUUGGAAGUUGCUCGUACUCUAGAGGGGUUAACGCAAACUUUAGAAAACCGUCGUGGACUGUCAGCGUUGCUAGAUACCGACUACGACAGGUGUCUCGGUAAACUAGAGCCAAAGCAUAAUAUACCAAAGAUGCACUCACUCAAUUGCAGAGUUCCCUCAGGAUCGCCCUCAGGAUCGCCCUCAGGAUCGCCCUCAGGAUCGCCCUCAGGAUCGCCCUCAGGAUCGCUCUCAGGAUCGCCCUCAGGAUCGCCCUCAGGAUCGCCAUCAGGAUCGCCCUCAGGAUCGCCCUCAGGAUCGCCCUCAGGAUCGCCCUCAGGAUCGCCCUCAGGAUCGCCCAUAGGAUCACUCUCAGGAUCACUCUCAGGAUCGCUCUCAGGAACGCCCUUUGGAUGGCCCCAAGAAUGGUCCUUAGAGAGGGCCCUUAGACCCCCCACCAGGAUCACCAGAAUUGCCCGUAGUAUCGCCAUGAUAUUCCUCUGUGGCAAUCCACGUUCUCGUCGUGAUGGUAACCAAUGA